GGUAGCCAUUUUGCUCGUUCAAUUGAAGUGAAAAGUUUUUCAUCGCGUUCGCUUUGGUUCGUCGCGAGUUUAUUGGAAAAAUUCCAGCUUGCGCGAGUACCCGGGACCGGUUUUUUUGCUGCUAUCCGAUCGAUCAUUUCCGGAUGCGUUCGUAGGUGGUGUUUUGAAGUCGAAAACAAGCCGAUUAAGUGCGAUUGGGAACAAUCGAAAUCCCUGCGACAAAUUUAUUCCGCUGACUUGAUAGCGGCGGCUUGCACCUAUCGAUUCGCUUUUCGUGGCCGGUUAGCGCUCCGAAAGUGGGCCUCUGCACGCAUACAAACGAAAACCGGUGCUUUCCGUGGAAGUGUUGGUGAGUGAAGAAAAUUGACAGCCAGCUUGAAGUGCAGUGUUUUGAAAAUAGAAGUGAAGUUGAAACCGCAUUAAGUUUGUAAAAAUGGAUAUGUCCGGUCCUCCCAGGGGUGGCUACCGUGGACGCGGUGGCUUUGGCGAUCGAGGACGUGGAGGCUUCGGCGAUCGUGGAAGGUCCUCUCCCUUCUAUGGCAGCCGUGGCGGCGGACGCGGUGGUCCCGCAAUGGGUCGCAUGGGUAUGGGAGGAGGUCCUCCGAUGAUGCGCGGUCGUGGUAUGAUGCGGGGAGGUCCACCCCGUGGAAUGGGGGGACCACCUCGCGGAGGCCCUCCAAUGUCCCGCGGUGGCCCGUACGGUGGACGACCUCCGAUGGGCUCGAGCAGCUACGGAUCAUCGGUUCCACGCAGUAGCAGUAGUUAUCCUUCCUCAGUUUCUAAUGGAUCAGGCCCACCACCCUCGUCUACCACCGAGAAUGGUGGAGAUUUAAAAUCAGCCGACACUACAUCGACCAAAACCGUUGCGGCGACCAGUGGAAGUACACCUACUUCUACAUCCAAUUCGGCUGCACCUUCGUCAGCACAGAAAUCGAGCGUCCCGCCAUCGUCACAGACCGCUGGCUCAGAAUCCGGUAGAGUAACACCACCGCAGCCGAUCAAGACGGCAGACUCGAGCAGCCUUUCACAUCCCCGAGAAUCACAAGAAUCGUCAUAUCAUUCAAGUGGUAGCUCGUACCAUUCAUCGCGUGGUAUGGGUUAUCGAGGUCGUAGUAGCUAUCCACCACGUGGCAUGGGACGUGGUCGAGGUGGAUAUGGUGGUGGUUAUGAUGGUCCGCGUCCAUUCCGCGGGGGCUAUGAGGGCGGGCGGGGUCGUGGUCGCGGUGGUGGAUAUGGUGGAGGUCCGGGAGGUUAUGGUCAGCCAAGUUAUAACAGUGGUUACAACAGUGGACCACCUCCUCCGCCUCCAUCGUAUGGACAAAUGUCCGGCUAUGGUCAGCAAGGUGGCUAUAGUCAGGGUCCUCCGCGACAACAAUUUGACACGCGACAGCCAUCCAACACAACUACGGUGACACCUAUCAAACGUGGAGGAAUGCCCGGUGGUCCUCCGGGCCCAAAACGAGGUCGUUAUGAUUCCGGUCCCCCAAGCAGAGCUCUUCCACCGAAAAGUAUGCCUCCGCAUCACGGUGCUCCCGCUCCAGUUUCAUCGUACAGUGCUCAACCUGCGAUGGCAACUCAUGGCAGUUAUGCAGAACAUACUCAUCCGCCUGCUAGUAUGGAUCAGUACGGAACGCAUAGUGCUGCUAGCAGUACCGGUUACGGAGCAACCGCGGCUUCACAAGGCAGUUAUGCCACCAACGGAUAUGGUCAAACAUCGUACGCAGCAGCAGCGGUUCCUUCGACCGCAUAUGCAACUGGAACAGAAUAUGAUACGAGUCAUUAUGAUUACAGCACUGGAACGUACGACACACGGUAUCCGACCAGCUAUUCUACUGAUUACAGCCAAUCGUACGGUGCCACGACAGACUACAGUGCUGUGCCCACGGAAACCUAUCCUAGCACACAGUACGAUGACCGAUCAGCCUACGCCGGAUAUGACACGCAAGCCUACUCACAAGGCUAUGCAAAGACCGAUCAGUACGCCCAUGGUGGUUAUUACUAAGCAAACAAAAAGUAAGCAACUGCAGCAAAAAAACAGAGAUAAACAAGUGUGUGAUUGUAUGCAACAAAACAAAAAAGCGAUAGAUAAACUAAGCAACAAACAAACAGAUAAACAUGAAAGCAUCAUCCGUGAGAAUGAGCUGAAUAUUUCUUCAAAAUCUAUCGAUACUAUACAAGCAAAUAGUAUUGGAAAUUUGACGCAGAAGAAUCGCAGAUAGGGUUGCGAUUUACCAACUUACAGAAAAAAAAUCAAUUGUUGGCGAACAACCGAGAAAGUGAAGAAAUGCAUACGCUAAGGGCAAACUACUAAAAUCGUCAAAGCAAAAGCACAUAGACCGCACAGCACCGGAAGAGCGAAACACUAAGCAAAACCUAACAGCUGUGUAGAAAGAAACUAAAACAAAAAAGAUGGUGUGAAAAAAUAUAAGUUGUUCGAACAUUUCGUGUCCAACGUAGGGAUGGAUUGCUUGUCUUAAUUUUACAUAUAUUAACUUCAACUGCAACGUAAUUUAAAAAUUACAUUUUAAUCCAAUUUACAUGCAGUUGUAUAUUAACUUUAACAGUAACAUUCAGUGCGCAGGAUAGGAUUAUGCAUCAAAUAUCUUGAAUAAAGUGUUUAGAAAAAAAAAACAAAGUCUGUCGUCGUAGAGCUGUCAAAUGGUACCAGAUUAACAACUAUCCGUAGCAUCUUACUCUUAAAGCACAGAAAUAAAUUAUUCUAUUGGAUGUGUGCGCACUCUUUUUCCGUCA